CUAAUGCGCACGUGGGUUGUAUGGAAGCGCGUGUAUAUCGGUAGGAGGAAGCUCUUUUAAUCCGUCUGCAGGUACAUUGCUAACGCUUUCAUAACCCGCAGGAAUGUUUCUGCAGUACUACCUCGAUGAGGAAGGAAAUAGGGUCUACACCCUCAAGAAGGCGGAUCCCACCGGCCAGCCAACAUGUUCAGCCCAUCCUGCCCGCUUUUCUCCCGAUGACAAAUAUUCCCGACACAGGAUCACCAUCAAGAAACGCUUUGGAGUCUUGCUGACCCAGCAGCCUCUGCCUGUUGUGUAAACUGUUUGCCAGCCGUUCUGGUAGGAGCCUCUGCAGCCCAUGGAGAUUAGACAAGCUUCCAGCUCCAAAGCAGCCUUGAAGAUGUUGACACAGAAAACAAAAGCACCAGAUCUGCAUUUCUUCAUUCCACUUUAUCACUAGGACUUCUGGAGAGCCACUAAUGAUGUGCGAGGAAACUCCUGCAAUGAGCUUGAAUUCCUUCAGUUGCACCUGCUUGAGCCCUUGAUUCUGGAAAUAAAGCAAAUGAAAUAUUUCAUUUUAUUCCUUUAACAUAA